AUGACUGAGCUAGCGGCUGGCGCCGUGAGCUCACUGCUGGCCGUCGUCCGCAACGAGGCGCUGUUGCUUGGCGGCGUCAAGGACGACGUGCAGUUCAUCAAGGAGGAGAUGGAGAGCAUGAAGAGUUUCCUGGCGCACCUAGCCCGGAGCACGCCCCCCGGCGGGGAGCACGACGAGCAGGUGCGCACCUGGAUGACCCAGGUGCGGCUGCUCGCCCAGGACUGCCACAACUGCAUCGACCUCUACCUGUACAGCGGGAACCCGGACAUCCACCGCGCCAAGGGCAGACUCCGGCGCUACCUCUGGUGGGUUUACUGGUUCCUGCGCAAGCUGCUCGCGCAGCACCGCGCUGCGGCCCAGCUACGCCAGCUCAAGGACCGGGCGCGCGAUGUCGGUGAGCGACGAUUGAGGUACGGCGUGGAGGUCCCGACCAAGUCGGCAGCAGGGCAGUCGCCUCCUGCGACUAGGCUAAUGGCGGCGGUAGCAGGUGGCUACGCUGCCAGAGAUGAUGAAGAAGACGGUGACGAUGAUCGGUCGACCCUGGCGACGACCGAUCAUUCUUCCCAGAGGGCAUUGUUUUCUCUCACUCAGGACGACUACGUCAAGGCAAAGAUACGGGAGUGGAUAAAUAAUAUGGUUCUUGCUGCAUGCGACGCCGACGGCAGCGAGACGCUGUCCUUCGUCAUCGGGGCCCCGCCGGACAGAUAUCAGGAUGUUAUCACUCUUGUACGUGAAACUUCGGUUUUCCGUCCCGGCUUUGAGUACCAAAGCGGCUACCAUCUCGCUGUCUUGAUCGACAUUCCGGCACUCCACUUGGAAUUUUUACCACUACGACCCAAGGAGGUUCUCUUCUACAUCUUGCGCCAGAUCAAGCUCGAGUUAAAGCAAGGCACAGAUCAAGGCGAAGGGGAGGCGGAUUCUGAUUUUCGGCAACAAUACUCCCAAAAAUGCCGUAUUUAUCUAGAAAAAAAGGCAGUGUUUUGUAAAAGCAAGAGCAGUAUAGAAAAGAUGAAGAUUUAUGAAAAGCUUGACAAGAUCAAGAGUGGUCUUCAAAAUCAACCACCAAAGGGUCAACAGGAGGACAUGGAUCAGAAGGGCCCAAAGCUUGACAAGAUCAAGAGUGGUCUUCAAAAUCAACCACCAAAGGGUCAACAGGAGGACAUGGAUCAGAAGGACCGAGACCUACAUGCACUUCUUAAGCAGCUACUCUGGUCAUCUCUGCCUGCGUCUCAACAAGAGAAGAAGAAGAAGAAGAAGAAGAAAGGAAGAUUUAUCUCCAUUUAG